AAUCAGUUCUAAUGUGAAAAAGCAAAGUCAUUUCGACGUAGUUUUCUAUUUAAUAAGAAGUCAAUUCCAUUCCAACCACUUCAGUUGAAGGUAUUCAUAAAUAAUUACUUCCGCAAAGUUUUUUUUGGUCUUCAUAUCAAAUAUCUAAGAAUUUUUCCAAAAAAGAGCAGAAAAACAUACAUUCAAAAUGGUUAAAGCUGUAUGCGUUGUUGCCGGUGAUGCCAAAGGAAAUAUAUUUUUCGAGCAAUCGGGAGAUGGCCCAGUAACUGUUACUGGUGAAAUCACCGGUUUGGCACCGGGAAAACAUGGAUUCCAUGUUCACGAGUUUGGCGAUAACACCAAUGGUUGCACCUCAGCGGGACCCCACUUCAACCCAUACAAGAAGGAGCACGGUGCACCAGAUGCAGAAGUUCGUCAUGUCGGUGACUUGGGAAACAUUGAAGCAAACGGUAGCGGUUUGGCCAAGGUCAAUUUGACCGAUUCACAGAUUUCGUUGAGCGGACCAAACAGUAUCAUUGGUCGUACGGUUGUUGUACAUGCCGAUGUUGAUGAUUUGGGUUUGGGUGGGCAUGAACUAAGCAAAACCACCGGCAACGCAGGCGGUCGUAUUGGCUGUGGCGUCAUUGGAAUCGCCGCUUAAACUACUUGAUUUUGAAAAACAUACAGGAGUGAUGGGACACAUUUUUUUCUUCUUCAAAUAAAUAAAUAAAUAAAAUGAAUUGAAGAAAUAUCAUAAGAAA